AGAUGUAAAAGGGAGUUUGGUGGGAAAUAUGUUGUCACUGACAGUUUACAGCUAGGCAGACCGAGGCACAGGAGAUUAAGUGAUUUGCUCAAAGACACUGGAAACGUAAAAGAGACAACUACACAAGUGUUCUGAGUUGGGAUUUGGUUCUUUGAUUCACAAAGGUGAAGUGUGUGAUAGAAAUGGAGUUAAAGAGACUUUUAACUGCAGUAGUUCAUGUGCAUUCCCUUUUCCUGCCUAACUCUUUGAGGGACACUUGCCUGGGUUGUGAAGACACUUUGUCAAAGCUAAAUGUUGCGUAGUGCCAGAAAUGGGUGACGGCUGCAAAGAAAAGAGGCAGAAACCACUAGGAGAGCCAGAGAGAGAACAUCUCCUGCUUCAGAAACCUCCAUCCUAGAACAUCGUCGCCUCCAAUUCAUCAUUCAGCAACAUCUCACACUGCAAAACCCGGAACAGCUCUUUCUGCUGCCUGACUCUGCCUGGAAUUGACAGACAAGACAUCUUAAGAUGUCUUCCUCUGCUUGCUGAAACCAGGGAUUUGUUGUGAUGGAUUUCUCAUGGACCUGUGCAAUGUGUGUUCAACAGAGCCUGCUCUAGCCUAAGAACCGACCAAGUCAAGAGAAUCAAGAUGACAAACGAACCUAUUAAAGAGAUCCUGGGUAAUCCAAAGCAUCCUGAACCCGUAACCACAGAGAAAAGUAAUAACAAUGACUGUGUGAUAACCACCAUCCCUCUUGUUAGCGAAUGCCAGCUGACUGCAGCCACGGGGGGAGCAGAACUCUCCUGCUACCGCUGCACCAUUCCCUUUGGUGUGGUUAUCCUCAUAGCUGGCAUCGUGGUUACUGCUGUGGCAUACAGCUUCAAUUCCCAUGGAUCAAUCAUCUCAGUGUUUGGAUUAGUCCUCUUGUCGUCAGGGCUCCUUUUGUUGGCUUCUAGCGCAGUGUGCUGGAAAAUCAGGCAGCAAAACAAGAAAGCAAAGAGGCGGGAGAGCCAGACAGCACUUGUGGCACAUCAGCGAACCUUGUUUGGUUAAAGACAACCAAGAGAAGGAUGGACAGAAGAUAGAGCCUUGUAAGUCGACUUGACUAUUUAUCAGUAGGACAGAUUGCAGGUUUUAAUUUAACUUUGGAAAUGAACUGAAAUGGAAACAGAAUGGAUUAAGAAAGGCUCCUAACAACUCUGCAAAUGCUCUUAAUGUUUUUCUUACUGAGGACUUAAUAGUGAUUCUUUCCAUGACAGAGGAAAAAAACCUUUUCCUGCAUAAGAACUGUUGUUGUAACUGCCAUCAUCAUAACUGCAUUCUCCAACAUGCUGAUUGUGUUGGAAAGGGAACUUGUGAGAACUAAGAAAAUAAUUUGAACUGACUGAACUGACUUGAAAUGCCAGAGAUCUCCUUAAAACACACUGUGACAUUUGACCAAGGGAGAAGUCAUAGCAUUUGAAGUGACUGCAAGUUUAUGGUCACAUUGGCUGUGACUUAAAUGGUUGAUCAAAAAAAAAAAAAAAAAGGGCAAUAACAACCAACCAAACUGCAGUUUGCUCAAUAAGCUGAUUAUUAUAUUUUACAUAACUUCCCUCUCCCAAUAUCUGUGGUACUUUUCCCUUUUUUAAACAACUAAUAUUAAUAUUGUUAUACUAUUGAAUAGCAAUAGGUAGAAAUGAUUAAUUAUAUUGUCUAACCUAAAUAACGAGGUAUGGUUAUAGCUUAAAAUAUAAGACUUUUUUUUUGUAAAUGAAAGUGGUCAGGCUUAGCACUUUUGAUUAUUUUGCUAUAAAAUUAAAAAGUAUAUUUCAUUAAAAUAAUAUUCAGUGCUGCUAGCCAUUUAGAAAAACUUUUUUUUUGUUGCUAUCAAGAUAGCUUGCAUCUUCAACUGCUUUAUGAUUCUUUUUCUUUUUUGUAGAACAACAUCUUUGACAAUAACUGUGAAUACAUAUGCCACUGAGCCGCUGGCUCCCACGAUGGCUGUGGCAAUUACACCUCAGAGCGCACCUGCUGAACGUGUGCUGCAGCGGGUUGCCUUCUGCAGGUCAUCCCCAAGCCAUAUGCUUCCCCUGCUGGAAUCACGCAACCAUUCUGGCUUAAGUACUGACUUUUCCUCUGCCCUGCAUGGUUUAAGCUCAUUACAUCCAUAACUUAUCCCCGGAUUUGCAAAGUGCACUUCGUGUUUUAAAUAGAGCAAGCUAUAUGUACGGGAGGGGAUGUUUGGAGUCAGUAUUUGCGUUGCCACACUCCGUGGUUACCAGACGCUAUAAUAAAAUCACUUGCAUCAGAGGAAAGCUGACAACACAUUUUAGCACUUCCAUAGCUCCAACUUAAUCACGGCAGGAAGCUUUCCUGCUGCUAGGAGAACAUGUUGCGUCACCAGAACAUCUGACACUGGUGUCUAAUGUCAAUCACUUUGCUUAAGGUCAUUAAAAAUAUUAGGGUGUCCCCUUACGAUGUACAGGUUUGCAUGAGUGACAAUUCAUAGGAAACACAUAGCAUGAUAAAUAAUGGAACAGGUGGACUAAAGUGGUGUCUUUCCUGUUUAAAAUGAGAAAAGUGAUUGACAUUAGCAAGGCUGGAUAAGCUAAAUAGGGCUGUUUAUUUUUUUUUCCCCUGGGAACACAAUAGUUUUUCUGACUCCUUCUUCCCCCUCCCUGUUUCUCUUUUCUCAAUGGAAUUUUGCAGGCAGCCAAGGAGAGAAUUGCUGGGUCUGUAGAGAUGCAGUGAUUUCCAGUACGCAUGCGUAGCAGCUCAGCCCGAUGAUUCCCAGGCUGAGCUGAGAGCAGAAGCAGGCCUCUUACCCUCUUCAGAAGUUUGUCCCAUGCAUGGGUCCUCCCUUCGCCAUUGCUGUGAUGCCAGCAAGCUUGCAUGUGGUGGGCAGCGUGUAGAAAGAAAGUAGAGGUGCAAGGUGAGGCUCUGCUCCAAGUCAAAUGAAAACAGAGACAACCAGUUUACAAGAGCAAGUUUGCAGGAGUAAGACUGAGUAAACAUUGCUCUGCUACUACUAGAGGGGAUUUUCUUUCCCAUAUCUUUGCUCUUUUUAUAUAAGGGACUGCCUUAGCACAGACUGCUGCACUCUAUAGCAUUAGCUGUGUUCUAGUGAGACGAGGUACGUGCACAAGAAUCUUUAUAUCAAGCCAUCGGUGAAAGUCUGUGCAGGAUUUCACUUACAUUUGUCUUUUAUUCAGUGAAGCAAAAUGGUAACUUUGUGGGGAAGGGUCCCAGUACCAGGUCCUGGUGUCCUGCAGGAGCAAGGCAGAGUUCAUAAAGAGCUCAGUCAGACAUCUCGUGCUGUUGAAGGUGUUUUUGCAUGUUUCGUUGCAGAAUUGGCUCAUAGAAUUUGAAACCGGCACAGACUUCUCCACCAUGGUUUAUGUGUCUUUGAUUUUGGGUUAAUCUGAAGUCGAUAUUGGCAACUUAAUGGCCAAUGAUGACAGCCAGCAUGAGUAUUUUUCUUUCUGCAUUUUAUAAAUUACAGACAUUUUCAUUAUAAUCAUUUGUCUCCCUGCACCCUUCUGCACCCUUAAAAAACAAUCAUACUGGGAGAGGUGCUAGAAGAGUACAGUGUGUCAGGCAAUGUACUCUUAGCACCUUCAUCUUUCCAGAAUGGUGAUACUGCUAGAUCUGAAGUGUUUUUACAAGGGCAAACAGGCCAAUGAUUUCACAACAGUCAACAUCCGCCCCAUUCCCCCCCAAGACGGGUGAGCUACAAACACAAAAGUUCUGCUUCAAUUUUAGAGCCUUGUGACCUAGCCUGGGUAGGUUUGGGGUUCCAUGCCUGGAUGCUGCAUCGUGCAAUCCAAGUCUUUGAUGUAAAGCCAUUUGGAACUCAACGCUUGCUGCCUGGUGUUUUCCGUGGGAACCCAAAAGACGAAAGUCAGCCUGGAGGAUGCAACCCUGUGGAGAUCACAAUGACUUUGCAGUUGAGAAACACCUUCCCUUCUGGUGUGAAAAGGCUUUGAAUACAACAAAUGAUAUUUCAGAUGUGGGAGAGGUUGGGUGGGAGCUGAUGCAAAUUUUAUUGUCACAAUUGCUUGUCUCUCCCUUCCUGAAAGCUCCGGCAGCAUUGCGUAAGAAAAAUUGCCCUCACAAGGAUAGAAAAUUAUCUAAUAGGGGAAUUGCAGUGGUGUACCGGGCAAAUGUUACAGGGAUCUUAAAUAAUAAUUUCAAAACCUAAGCACAGGAAAUUGUGUCUGUAACUACACCCUGUAUUGCUAUUGUACACAAAGCCGGUUAUAGCCUGGGACAGAAUUUUAAAAAUAAUAAUCAGUUUGGUAUGACAAUGCUUAAUAUUAAUUCUGAUCCAAACGCCCAAUUUACGAGUCCCUAGCCGCAUAACAGGUUAUGUUUUGUAUGUCAGAGUGGUUCUAAUACCAUAACUUGCCAGGUUAAAAACAAAAAAACAAACAAAAAAUGCAAAAAGAGAGAAAGGUUAAUUUCUGGACUUGUGUCCAGAAAAAAUUCACUGCCUUAGACACUUGGGAGAGCUCCUGUUAUCAAAUAACAAAUGUACAGCAUUGUUGCAGCUCUACAGCAUAGGAACCAGGCUCAGAGUAGUAAAAGAAGAAAGGCCUGAGGGUCUCAGCAAGAUCCCAAAGACUCAGGCCAGGAACCAGCUCUCUGGAAUACCCUGUAUUCCUGCCUCACCUUUGCUUAUUUAGAGCCAAAGUCCAGCACUACCGCUCCUUUUAUAUCGGUGAUGGAGGUGGUCACUUAGGUAUUGGCAGGUUUCACCUCAUUGGUUUUUUGCAGUGAGUUCCGAAAUAAGAAGAGCAGAACAAUAUUGACAGCCAUCAUUUUACAUAUGCAUUUCCAAUACUUCUGAUGCCUUUAGACUGUAGGAUGUUUUAGCUAUGUCAGUAUAAUCUUUGGCAGUUACAAAGGGCUUUUAUAGGUAAAAGUACAUUAACAAAUAAAGAAUACCACAGCAUGAUGUAAAACUGAUGUAAAAACUGGUAAAACUUCAUGGUAGACUAAAUCCUACAGGCUAAAAUAUAUGGAGAACAAUGGUUUUAAACUGCAGAAUCAACUUGAAUUGUUGGCUUUUAUUCAGGUUGUUGAUGUCACUAUUAACAUGACAGAGGACCUAAUCCUUCCUCUUGUGAGCAGCCAGUUGGAGGCUAUUGUCCUAACCGUGUGCAUCCAAAGAUUUGCAUUUGUGACAAACAUGGCAUUUUUGAAAAACACUUUUUUGGAUUAAUUGCUUUCACAUCUUAACUGUUCUGUGCUCUCUAGACUAAGAGAAAAUAGUACUAAGCUUCAAAAACAGAGAGGAAAAGAUGAAAGAAAGAGAAGAACGCGUCACAGCAAAUGUUGGACACCACGUAAAGUCAUGCAGGGAUAGCAAAACCUUACACAAGUGCCUUGUUGAAAGACAGAAACUUUUUAAAAAUAUGUAAGUCUUGUUUCUGUUACAUUAUUGGUUGUAUCCUUGGUUUCAUUCUUAUAAAAUGCUUAAAGACCCCAGAUUAACAUCA